GGCAGGACAGACUAUGCCAGAACAGAGCAAUGACUACCGUGUUGCUGUGUUUGGAGCAGCUGGGGUGGGAAAGAGCUCCCUGGUUUUGCGCUUUAUGAAGCGUACCUUCUGUAAGACCUACGUUCCCACUGUGGAGGACACCUACACUGUGAUGAUCACCUGUGACAAAAGCAUCUGCACCCUCCAGCUCACGGACACUGCAGGAAGCCACCAGUUCCCCGCUAUGCAGCGUCUCAUUAUAGCCCGAGGCCAUGCCUUCAUUCUGGUCUAUUCCGUGGUGAACCGGCAGUCCCUGGAGGAGCUAUGGCUCACCUAUGAGCAGAUCUGUGAGAUCAAAGGCAGCGACAUGCAGUAUGUGCCAGUGAUGCUCGUCGGCAACAAAUGUGAUGAUGCAAACCGACAGGUGCCAACGCAGGAUGGAGAACAGCGGGCGGUGCAGUGGAAAUGCUCCUUCUUGGAGACGUCGGCGAAGAUGGACCACAACGUGCAGGAGCUUUUCAAGGAGCUCCUCGCCAUGGAGAAGAGGAGGGCGGUGAGCCUGCGGGUGGAUGGUAAGAAGUCCAAAAGAACAAGGGCUCGCCUGAAGUUGAAAUGCCCCCUGAUGUGAUGGUGCUGCCUGCAGCUGGGUUUGGCCAGGAUGCUGGGAUGCCUACAGUGUGGGCCUUCUGUUUGUGGGUGAACGGAGUGAAUGCCAUCGGACACUGAGUUACCAGUUGUUACACCGUCCCUGAAGUCUUUUCUUCAGUAUUUUAAGUUUGAUCAUCAUGUCCUAUUACAAAUGACUAAAUUGUGUUUUAAUGAUUGUAUGGCUUUCUCCUCUUCCCCCUUUAUAGUUCCCCUAUGAUGACAUCAUGACUUAAAGGCUAAACAAGUGCUAAAAUGUCCUUUUAUUUAUAAUGCAUUAAGGUAGUGUGCUUUAGACUGUAUCAUGGGUGUGACUGUUUUCAAAAUGCUUUAAUGUUUUCAUAUAUGUAUUUAUAAAACUAGUAUGUUCUA